UUGUAUUCUUCCUAUACUUUAGAUGACGAUCGCCGCCGCCACCAUCGACUUCGAAAAUUCGAACGACAAUCAUGUCGUUACUCGGCUGUGUUCUCAUGGGAAGCUUGCAAUACCUGUUGUAAGAUUGCCAGUAGGACAAAUGGCAAUACAAAUAUGAAUGAGAUCGUCGGAGCACUGUUCGUCUUCGACCCAGACAUGGACUUCCGUCGUCAUGAUGAUGAUCCAGAGAACAACAAGAACAAAGCCGUGCAGUGCGUCUGUUGUGCACCAAAGAGGUUCUAA